CCUCUCCGUAUAAAAUCCCUAACCUCUCUCUUCCACUGAGCUAUAUCAGCUUUGACAGCAACACUCCAGUUAAACAUGAUUCGCACUUCCCUACAAAGAAUUUACUCCACAACUGCACGUAGAGCCUUUUCUCGAUCCGCUGCCGUGUCAGCAGAGUCAAAACAGACCCCAGAACUCGCCAAAAAGCAUGCCGAUAAGAUUCGAAAGGAAGAACAGAGCAAGGAGCAACGUCCCUCUCCCAUCCCCAAGGAAGCCCAGAAGAAGUUUGACGAAAUGAACAAGAGGGCUGAACAAAAGAAGAAAUAGAUGUACAUCUUGGAUCCAAGCUCAUUUUCAUUGAAGCAUUGUAUAUAAACUAUUUGAACGAAGACUUACGUGAAGGCUUGUGUUGAAUGGGGGGUUACUACAAAGUCAGUGAUGGGAUAUAUAUGCGAAAUGGAUUCGGGUCUAAAGGCGACCUUAACGUCAUCGACAGCGAGUGCUGCAUAUCUAAACAUGUUAGGUAGAGCCUCUUGCAGAGUUCCAACCCCAUUUAUUGAUGACACCGAUGACGGUUCAAAGAUAGUGACCAAUAUAGAAUGGAAGGAUACUUCAAGGACGAAACCCCUAUGGCGUUAAGUGCCCGCCGCAUGGCACACACUCAUCAUUGUUGGGCAUGUUCAGACUGAAAG